UCAAUAAUUCGUUUAUGUUCGUUUAAACACCGUUGCUUUACAAUAUGUCAGUGAUAAUGGUGUAUUUUAAUUAUUUAAUUUAUUAAAAAAAGAUAUCAUAAAAGUACGAAACAAAAUGCCACCAAAAAAACAAAAAAUAUUGGUUCCACCAGAACCAUUUCUACCUGAAUUUGAGCCAGAUGUAACGGAGAUAAAAGAAAUUGAUCAAAUGAAACCAUUAAUAUCUAUAGUCACUGGUGAACCCUUUGGUCCAAAAAUUUAUUAUGUUAGAGAAAAGGAGGAGGAUGAAAGUUCAGACGAUGAACCAGAAUCUGAAGGAGAGGACGAUGAGAGAUUUUUGAAAAAUGAAGUGUCAGAUAUUUCCUCCGAGUUCUGGAUUAUGCAAAAGCUAAUAAAAUAUAUGAAAGCUGGAAAUCAAACGGCUACCACAAUAAGUUUAUGUCUACUUAAAGAUUAUGAUCUUACAAAUAGAGCAGUUCAAAAGACUAUAGAAAAAAUUGGAGGAUUGGAAAUUUUGGUUAAUCUUUUGGAAACAAAUGAUAUCAAAUGUCAAAAUGGAUCUUUAUCAGUUUUACUUGUAAUAGUAACUUCAAGUGAAAUGUCCCGUAUUCUUAUUGAUUAUGGUAUUGUGACAUCACUCAUUCAAUUAUUAAAACAUCCCGUUAGAGACAUUCAAAUACUAGCUGCUGAAAUUAUGGCUAUUAUUGCACGAAUAAGAAAAGCUAGAAAACAGAUUAGGAUUCGUGGUGGCAUACCUCUAUUACUAGACAUUAUGGAUAUACCAGAUAACGUCCUUCAACGCUCUUUUGAUGAAUUAAAUAAUAUUCAAAAGGAAUUACUCAGAGUUGCUGUAGGUGGUGCUAGAGCAUUAAACUCUAUAGCAAAGAGUCCAAAAAUUAAAGCAGAACUUCAAAAGUAUGGAGUUGUCCAACAUAUGGCACGUUUCUUAAAGAGUGUUCACACUAAUUUAAUAAUUCCCAUAAUGGGAACUGUACAGCAAUGUGCAGAUCUGUCAGUCUGCAGAUUCGCCUUUGAACAAAUGGGUAUUAUUGCGGAUAUAGUAUAUCAUUUGAAAAAUGAAGAUAUGAAAUUGAAAGAAAACUGUGCCUUAGCAAUAUUUAAAUGUGCGAUAAAUAAAACAACUAGCAAUAUGGUUAGAGAGGCUGGUGGUUUAGAUCCUUUAUGUAAACUUAUACAAGAUGAAAAUGUACGCGCAAAUAAACAUUUAUUAAUCGCUGUAACAGGUGCUAUUUGGAAAUGUGCUGUAUGCUCAGAGAAUGUAAAAAGAUUUAAUCAAAACAAUUUAGUAGCAUUUCUAGUUCCUCUUCUUCAAGAAAAUGAAGAAGAAGAUGUUUUAUCAAAUGUAGUUGGAGCAUUGGCUGAAUGUUGCAAAGAUCCCACAAAUAGAGAUAUCUUAAGAGCACAUGAUGGAUUACCAAAGUUAAUUAAAUUGUUGAGUUUUACUUAUGAACCAUUAUUAGAAAAUAUACCGUUAGUAUUGAAAGAAUGUGCAGAAAAUACACAAUGUAUGGAUAUUAUUAAUGAUCCUGGACAUAAAUUAGAUGGUGUUCGCUUAAUAUGGUCCCUUUUAAAACAUCCGAACGAUGUUAUUAAGACAAAUGCUUGUCUAGCUUUAGUCCCAUGCAUCAAAUAUGCUAAAGAUUCUCCUGAAAUGGUGCGAGCUUUUGUAGGAGGAUUGGAACUUACAGUCAGUCUUUUGGAUAGUACCAAUCCUAAAGUACUCAGUGCUGUUUGCGCUACAAUUGCUUCAAUAGCAUUAGAUCCUGAAAAUCUUGGUAUAUUAACAGAUCAUGGAGUGGUGUCAAAAUUAGCAAGUCUUGCAAAAACGGAAAAUGAGGAUCUACGAGCUAACCUAACUUUAGCUAUUGCUUAUUGUUGCGAAUGGGAUGAUAAUAGUUCUGAGUUUGGUAAACUUAAAAUCAUUGCUCCUCUUGUUGGUUACAUGAAUACCAAAAAUCAGGUUGUCCUUAAAGGUGUUUGUAUAGCAAUGUAUCAUUUAAGUAAAGAUCCUAUGAAUUGUGUAACCAUGCAUAGCUGUGGUAUUAUAAAGCACAUGUUACGAUUGAUCGGUUCAGAGGAUCCAGAGGUACAAAUUGCUGCAGCAAGUACAAUCAGGCAUAUUAGAAAGCUUGCGUUAACAGCAGAAAGAUUACACUUUAAAGAAAUAAACUUACUUGAAGAAAUGAAUUAUCAAUUAUAAAAUUGAAAAAAGUUAAAGUAUAGCGAUAUAUAAUUUGAAUAUCUAAUAAAUAUAAAAUUAAAAAAUAUCUACUGUCUAGUCUGUAAUUCUGAUAAUUCUAAAUUGACU